AUGGAGCUGAAUAGUGAAAAACAACAACAACAAUCUAUAUCCAGUUCAAAUUCGCACUCCACCAUCGAACAGCAAAAUAGCAGACGGGGAUUGCUCGCGGAUAUGAAAAACGGUUUUUAUCCGGCUAUUAAAUUAUUUGGAAAUGGAACAAAUACCAUAUGGCUCGAUGCUAAUGCGUGGAAGAAAUUUCAAGACGCCAUGCCGUUAAUAAGUUUGUACCUGGACGGAGGAAGAGCCCGUAGAGACGAAGCGGAGCUUCCUCCUCUUCUUCCUCCUCCUCCUGCUGUUACCCUCGCUGAUUCCGAUGAUGAUGAAGACGUGCGCAUGCUGUUGCACAUACAAUAUGCGCCUGGUAAUAUUAAUGAUCAGCAGCAACAGGCAGAAACGGAAGCGGAAGAAGAACGAGCGUACGAAAUACGUAGAAGUCAAGUGGAGGAAGAACUUGCGGAUAUUUUCGAACGAGAAACGAUCCGCAACUUGUCGGAGAACGACGACGACGACGACGACGGCGGCGACGAAGAUAACGCCGACGAUGAUAGUGAGGAAGACACCGACAACGAUACCGACAACAACGAGAAUGAUGAUGAUGAUGACGACGACAACAACGAGAACGAUGCCAUCGACGAGGACGACGUCGUCGACAACAACGACGACAGUAACAACGAAGUUACUGAUGAUGAAGUCGGUGAUAAUGACGACGACGACGACGACGACGACGAUGAAAACGACGAAGAUUCGUUCGUGGAACUAACGGAAGUGCAAUACGGCGGUGGAGCUGCAAGUGCUGUUGCUGCGCAAGAAGAAGAAGAAGAGGAUAUUAAUAGUAAACAGAUCGUUUCCAACAACAACAACAACAACAAAGAACGCAGCAGCAGCAGUGACGCCGACGACGCUGGCGAACGUUAUACCGGCAGCACCGCCACCGACGAAGACCGCUAUACCGUCAGCACCGCUACCCCCGACAGCGUCGUCAACCCCGACACCGUCAGCAUCGCCGAUAAUGACAACAACAACAAUAACAACAACAACAAUGGCGAACAGGAUGAGACGCUCGAAGGUGGCGAGUCUGUGAAAGUUUACGUGCCGACUCUCUGCGUUGCGCAGCAGAUUUGCGUCACGUGCGCGAAUGAGGACGACAUGACGGUGCGUUGUCGGUGGUGCGGUGUGCGCGAAUUUGUAUUUCGCGAUGAUCCGAUGAAGCAAUUCGUCGAUUUCGCUACGAGAACGACGAAAUGUUUCAAGCAGAUCAUCUGCAUCGCGCACAACGCCAAGGCGUUCGACGUGCAGUUUAUUCUACGUUACAUCGCGGAAAAACGUGUCGAAUUGGAUCCGCGAGUAAUAUUAAACGGGACGAAGAUCGUCGUGUUAACGGUCGGGCGUACGAAAUUUAUCGAUAGCAUUAAUUACAUGCCGAUGCGUUUGUCUGCUUUGUCGAAAGCUUUUGGUUUGCGUAAUGGGGUGGAAAAGGGAUAUUUUCCACAUUUAUUCAACACCCUCGCGAAUCAAACGUACGUCGGACCGUUACCGCCCGUCGAAUAGUACUCGCCGGAUAGUAUGUCCAUCGAAGAGCGCGAGCGGUUUUUGUCGUGGCACGCGGAACAGACGCGCGAGCAAGCAGUUUUUGAUUUUCAACGCGAGAUAGUUCGUUACUGUCGCAACGACGUGGAUAUCUUGCGACGAGCGUGCAUGGCCUUCCGCAAGAUAUUUCUUGAGCGAGGAAACGUAUGUCCGUUCGAAGAAUGCACGACCAUUGCUUCCACGUGUAUGCGAGUUUUUCGCAAAAACUUUCUACGCGCGGAAGAGAUCGGCGUCAUUCCUCGCGAAGGAUAUCGCCUCGCGGACAUGAAAUCUCGCAAGGCUCUGCAGUGGCUGGUAUGGAAAGAACACGUGCUCGGCCACGCCGUGGUUCACGCGGGGCAUGGACGAGAAUAUCGUCUCGCGGAAGUCGGUGGCAUUCCCGUCGAUGAGUAUUACGAGACGGCGAACGGUGAGCGUCACGUGUUGCAAUAUCACGGCUGCUUUUGGCACGGCUGUCCCGCGGGUUUUAAAACAGAGCGAGACAAGCGUCUCUGUACGGAGAAUAGCAAAGUUCACGAUACGAUGAACUCGCGAUACGAACGCACGCUGACAACGUCAUGGCGUCUUCGCAAGCUGGGCUACAUUGUGACGGAGAAAUGGGAGUGCGCUUUUGAUCGCGAUAUGCGGAAAAAUCGGAAAAUACGAGCAUAUGUAGAACAACAUUCGAUGCUCGCGACUGAACCGCUUGCACCUCGCGACGCGUUUUUCGGCGGACGAACGGGAAACAUCGCGAUUAGUCGCGAAGUUACGGGUACGGAGAAGAUACGUUACGUAGACGUGUGUUCUCUGUAUCCUUACGUAUUGAAAACCGGUGCUUUCCCGAUUGGUCAUCCGAAAAUUCUUGUCGGACAAAAAGAGUGCGCCUCGCUCAUCGGAGCGAUGCCCGGUGUCGAUUUUUCCGCGGUCAAAGGACUUGUGCGCUGCAGAGUGCUCCCCCCGCGCAAUCUUUUUCAUCCUGUACUCCCGUACCGCGUGCAGGGCAAACUGCUGUUUGCCUUGUGUCGCAGUUGCUGCGAACGCUUCUCGCAGACUUUGUGCUUGCACGAUAAUCCGCGCGAUCGCGAAUUCGAGGCCGUAUGGGUAUUGUGCAAAUUACGCAAAGCUGUGGAGAAGGGUUAUUUCGUGACCGCGGUGAGCGAGAUAUGGCAAUACGAGAUGAGCCGAUACGACCCCGGUACGCGUCAAGGAGGAUUAUUCUCCGAAUAUAUAAAUUGCUUCCUUAAACUGAAGCAAGAGGCGAGCGGAUGGCCGAGCGAAUGCGUAGAUGAAGAAUCUAAAGAGCGAUAUCUUCGAGAAUACGAAGCAAUUGAGGGUAUCGCUCUGGAUAGAGAAAACAUCGUUUUCAAUCCAGGUUUACGUUCGGUCGCGAAGCUCUGCCUAAAUUCGUUUUGGGGAAAAUUUGGCCAACGAUCGAACCUAACGAGUACCGAGGUGGUGAAGUCGCAGGAGCGUCUCGUAUCGCUAUUGUCGAGUCCCGAGCACGAGGUAACCGAUAUAUUACCCGUGAAUGACGAAGUAAUAUAUGUUUCGUGGCGAUUGCGAGACGAGGCGGUCGUACCCUCUCCGAUUACCAAUGUGGUAAUAGCGGCGUACACGACGGCACAGGCGCGAUUGAAACUGUACGAAUAUUUAGAACGUUUAGGCGAGCGCGUUCUUUAUUACGAUACAGAUUCGUGUAUUUACGUGAGCAGCAGCAGCAGCAGCAGCAGCAGCGGCGAUGAACCCGACGGCGAAUACGAACCGCGUACGGGAAAUUUUCUGGGCGAUAUAACGGACGAACUCGAAGGCUACGGACGCGGUAGUUACAUCGAGUCGUUUGUAUCCGGUGGCCCGAAAGUUUACGCGUACGUAAUUUGUACUCCGGACGGUAGCGCGUGGGAGAGCUAUUUGUCGUACCGCGUUUCACGAAGUUGUGACGCGGGACGAAUCAAAAACCUGCUCGCCGGUUUUGCUGAAGCGUAG